AUGGGCACGCCACUCGGCCCACGGGCACAAGGCUCGGUCACGGGCUCGGUCACGGCACAAGGCUCGGUCACGGGCUCGGUCACGGGCUCGGCCACGGGCGCGAGCGCGGGCGGCGAGCGCGGCGGCCGGGCGCGGGCGUGGGCAACGGGCGCGGGCGUGGGCACGCGGCUUGGUCACGAUCCGAGCUGGUCGGCCGGGCUAGGCCAGGCUGGUCGGGCGGCGACAGCGGCAGCGAUGGCGGCGGCGAUCGGGCGUGGCGGCGGGUCGUGCGGCGGCGGCGGCGACGGUCGGCUAGCUGCACGGCGGAGCGGCGGCGACGAACGUCGGAAAGCCAACGGGGAGAAGAAGAAGUUGGCUGAGGCGUUUGGUGCGGCCGGACGCUCAGAGGUGACGACAGCGACACUCGAGCGUUUGCCGGCAAUGGGAGCUGGCAAUGAUGACCUGGGUCGGCCACGUGGCGGGGUUCGGUCGCAAUAG